AAGCCGCACGUGCACAACUUCGACGACAAGAGGACGGGCAUCGAGGUGCAGGUGCUCAAAGAGCGUAUGACGGCAAGUGCUACGGGCUGGUACUGGGUCAGCUCGGAGCGCCAGUUCGCGGACGGCUUCACCAAGCUGUCGGCGCGGCAACUACUGGCAGACAGGCUGCGCACUGGGACGAUCAGCCUGAAGUUCGAUGAGAAUUUCCAGGCAGCCAAGAAGAAUACCGUCAAGGACCGACAGGAGGAAGCCAAGAGCAGCGAGGUGGAGAUCUACGACGCAAGGGCGACGGCAGUGAUGGAGCUCGAGUGGACCAUGUCACCGCAAGUGGUGAUCAGGAUUUCCCUCGGCACGUUCAUCAAAGGAAUCAUAACGACCAUCCUGAUGAUCGUGGGCCUAUUCGCAGUAUGCUACAUGACGUACAACAAGUGGUCCGAGAAGGCGACGAACGCGACCCAUCCAGAGCCAAGCCCCGAGCAGGCAGAAGGAAAGACAAAGCAUAAACGUGAGCAGAAGGUGAAGAUCAGCAAUAUCAAGUGGAACGUUGGAGUUCAAGGGCCCGUACACUACUCAUCUGUGGGCCAGACCGACGGAGUUUACGGACGUCAUGUUCAUGCUACGCAGGGUUUCUCCCGAGGCUGGGAAGUGACGAAAGAGAUGGUGGAACCCCGUGCAGGCCUGAAAGGCCAAAGUGAGUGA